GGGUCAGGGGUCAGCCGCGAAAGAUGGCGGCGGCAGUGACCUUUUGCCGGCUGCUGAGCCGCAGUCGCCUGGCCGCGCUGAGCCUUCCCCAGGCCGCCAGGUGUUUCGGGGUGCGGACUUCGCCUACUGGGGAGAAGAUCACGCACACUGGCCAGGUUUAUGAUGAGAAAGAUUAUAGGCAAAUGCGGUUUGUGGGUCGUCAAAAAGAGGUGAAUGAGAACUUUGCCAUUGACUUGAUCGCCGAGCAGCCCGUGAGUGAGGUAGAGAGCCGCGUGAUAUCGUGUGACGGCGGCGGCGGAGCGCUGGGCCACCCGAGAGUGUACAUAAACUUGGACAAAGAAACAAAAACGGGGACCUGUGGUUACUGUGGGCUCCAGUUCAGACAGCACCAUCACUAAGCUGGAUGGCGCUUCCGUUCGAACAGCACCGUCGCUAAUGUGGACGGCGACUCCAUCUCAGCGGCACCGUCCCCACAGCGCGUGGUGCGCUCCUGGUCCCGAGAGGCGGCGCGUGUAGGCUGCGGUGUCAGGGAUGAAGCACCAAGAGAUCCUGAGCGCUGUGGGGAGAAUUCUGUCUGAAUAAAGAUGUUACUGUAAAGGAA